AUGAGUUCGACUGCCCCGCCAUGGCGGCUGUCGACGUCAGCGACAACGACGACGACAACAACAAACUACCCCGGCCCAGCAUACAUACCUGUACAAGCUCGACGCUCUCUUGGCCCUCACGCCCAAUACAGUGCGGCCCCUGCGCCGCACAACUCGGCACCAACCCCUACACAACCCCCAGCGGAUCGUAUGCGUUCAACAUUUCCCCCUGCUGUACGCUCCUGGGUUCAACGCAGUUUUGUCCAUGACAACCAGGUGCCGGGCGUCAGCCGAGAAGAGUUGGAGAAGAAGUUGAAGCAAGUGAUCACACAAGCAGCCGAAAGCAACACUCUGGAGACGACCAACUGGGAUUCCAUGCCUUUACCACAAGUCAUGAUCCAGAACGAGCGCAACAAAGCAUUGAUGAAUCCCAUGGGUUCGACACCGUGGGGAGUCGCUGCGGACGUUGCCGCGAUGAAGUCUGGUCUCGGGCAGGACGAACGAUCCAAGAAGCGAAAGUCGAAUGAGUUCCAGCAGGAUGACGACACCUCGCCGCCCUGGAGAAAGACUAAUAACCGGAAACCACUGGAAGAGCGAAUUGCAUAUUCGGCCACUGACAAGCGGCAACGCGUAGAUACGAACGGCAGCACGGCAUCAAGUAAGUCCAAGGCCAACCUGGAGCUCCGGAAAAAACGGUUUGGGGGUGGCUAUCAAGAAUCCACACGGUCAGAGUCUCCCCCUCCCAGUGCGAUGCAAGGCCCGAUUAUUGGGCGGUGCCAGGAGCUGGAGAAACGAUAUUUCCGAUUGACGAGCGCGCCGAAUCCGGAUGUUGUCCGUCCGUUGGCAGUGCUGAUGAAGACGCUGGAUCUGUUGAAGAAGAAGUGGCGGAAGGAAAACAACUACGGAUACAUCUGCGACCAGUUCAAAUCACUGCGACAAGACCUGACGGUGCAGCGGAUCCGGAAUGAGUUUACGGUAAGCGUGUAUGAGAUCCACGCUCGGAUUGCGCUGGAGAAGGGAGAUCUCGGUGAGUAUAAUCAGUGCCAGACGCAGCUCCGGGCAUUGUACGGCCAGAAGCUGGGCGGGCAUCCGAUGGAAUUUAUGGCGUAUCGUAUCCUCUAUUUUAUUUAUACGCGCAACCAGACGGCGAUGAACGACGCGUUGGCAGAUCUAACCACAGCAGAUAAAUCGGACCAUGCGGUCAAACAUGCGUUGGAUGUGCGGUCGGCCCUGGCGCUGGGCAACUACCAUCGGUUUUUCCAGUUGUAUCUGGAGACGCCCAACAUGGGAGCGUACCUGGUUGACAUGUUUGUUGACCGCGAGCGGCUGUCGGCGCUGGCCUGCAUCUGUAAAACAUACAAACCUGACGUAAAGAUUCGGUUUAUCACGGAAGAGCUAGGGUUUGAAUCUGACGAACAGAGUGCGCGGUUUGUCCUUGAGCAUGGCUCUGGCGAACUGCUGGAAGAGAGGGAUGGCCAUGUGCGGCUUCUGACGGCCAAGGCCGGACGAAUCUUUGAAGAUGCCAAGGGCCAGGCGUUCCGGGUGGUCGAUAUCAAGGGGCAAAUCUGA